GCGCGAGUCAGACUCUACGGAGCACCGUGUAAUUGCAAGCCAUCGCUUGCAUCGUAGGUUUCGUGAGUAUUUCGUGCGACAGGGACUUAAUCAGUGUGAUAUUUUGGUAGAUCGUUCACCAAAGGAAAACCUGGAAGAUGGUUUUGGCGGAAAGAAACUCGGAGAAUGUUAGAAACGGGCGCAGGUCGAGAGGCCCCAGCCCCAAUGGACAGACUGAAUCCUCGAGCGAGGAAGACGGAGUUCCAGCAGAAAAAAUACGAGUUGGUCGGGAUUUUCAAGUCAUAAUUCCAGAGUUUAUUCCAGUCAAUGAACGACGAUUAGAUCAAUGCCCUGACAGAGCUUUACUUGUGUGGUCUCCCACAACAGAUAUACCUGAUCAAAAGUUGGAUGAAUAUAUUAUAUUGGCUAAGGAAAAAUAUGGUUACAAUGGAGAACAAGCCCUGGGAAUGUUGUUUUGGCAUAAACAUAACUUAGAACGUGCCGUAUUAGACUUAGCUAAUUUUACACCAUUCCCAGAUGAAUGGACAGUUGAAGACAAAGUUCUUUUUGAACAAGCUUUCCAAUUUCAUGGAAAAAGUUUCCACCGUAUUCGACAAAUGUUACCUGACAAAUCUAUUGCUAGUCUUGUCAAGUACUAUUAUAGUUGGAAGAAAACAAGAACUAGAACAUCAUUAAUGGAUAGACAAGCAAGAAAGUUAACAAGUGGUGGAAAGGAAGGAGAAAAUGGGAGUGAAAAUGGAAGUGAGUUAGGCUCUAAUACAGACAGCGAGUCGGAAGAAAAAAAAUGGACGAUCCACCGCGGAAUACGUCGUGGAAAGAACCAAGCUGUGCCAGGAAGCCAAGGCACUGACGCCAAAGCCCCAUCCGACUCGGAAAACGCCCCUCAGGUUCAGGGCUCGUGCAGUAACUGUGGCGUUGCUUGUCAUAGUGUUCGUGCGACGCCGAAAGGACACGCGUGUCAUAGCUGCUAUCUGCACUGGAGGCGAACUGGUGUAGCAAGGCCAUUAAGUUCCAUGCCAGGUCGUACAAAUAAAAGAAAACCACCCCGCGGCCUGGUCGUUAAUCAUGAUGAUUUAGCAGCAUUGGCUGGUCAACCGAAUCAAGCGAACAACAGUUUACAAGCAAUCGACACUGAAAUUGUUAGCUUAAAACGACAAAUACAAUCGAACAAACAGCAAGUAAGCGCACUGAAACGGAAAACAACUGAUGGUAUCGACGAUUUGCGACCACCAGAAGUGUCGAGUCGUAUAAACGCUCGUUGGACAAAUGACGAGUUACUAUUAGCCGUUCAAGGAGUUAGAAAAUAUGGAAAAGAUUUCUCUGCUAUUGCUGAUGUAAUUGGUACCAAGACGGAAGCUCAUCUACGAUCGUUUUUCGUGAACUAUCGACGGAGGUAUAAUUUAGAUGCGGUUUUAAAGGAAUACGAGGCUGAAAACGGCCCUAUAUUGAUUGAUGAUGAAAAAGAAGAGAAGAUGGAUGUGGAUCAACCAAAUGAAGCUGCAGAAUCAUCUCAAAAGACGAAAUCAUCCGUCGGUCUUGGACAGACGGCUAAAUAACAAAUGAGUAUAUUGUUGAGUACUAAACGUGAGAAAAAUAAUCACAGGCACUUUGAUAAUCGAUAAUAUCAUAGAAGAGAAAGCUUGUGCGUGGUCCGGCG